CAGGACCCAAUCUAGAAGGUAUCCAGAAUGUUUCUACGCUGCUCGUGGCUUCAGCAACCUUACACCUAGGCUCAAGACCACCUGUGGUGUGCCAAUCGACACGGACACGCCAUUGAGUGGGCACUGCAUUUGAUUGCUCUUGCGAUCUGCCUGACGAGUGCCCAGACGGGCCGUCGCUAUGCGCUAAGCCACUGCGGGGAGAUCGUAUGGGACUCUCACUCUGCUUCAAUUGCUAUAAAGACCAGCCGUACCUCGACUCUCUGGGGGCCAUCCGCAGCCGACCACUCCCAGGACCACCAAGCCUUUACAUUCACUCACUCAUCUUUGCGUUCAAGUCUCAUUCAUUAUGCCUUCUUUCGCUUCCCUCACGGCUCUGGUGGCCGUUGCGGGCCUCGUCGCCGCCUCCCCCGUCUCCCUCGAGAAGCGCAAAGCCUUCACUGUCGAGCAGGUUGAGAAGGGCAAGUUCGUCAGGAACGGUGCCGCCAGCGUCGCCUCGACCUACUUGAAGUACGGCAAGCCAGUGCCUGCGAACGUUGCCGCCGCUGCUGCUGCGCAGGGCAGCGUGACCGCUUCGCCCUCGGACGACUACGACUCGUCGUACCUUUGCCCCGUUGAUGUCGGCGGCACGACUAUGGAACUGGACUUCGAUACUGGAAGUGCUGAUCUCUGGGUCUUCUCUUCUCUGCAGCCCAGCUCGCAGACUUCCGGCCAUGCCGUCUACCAGGCUUCGAGCUCCAAGAUCAAGUCCGGCUACACCUGGGACAUCUCUUACGGAGAUGGAUCGGGAGCUUCUGGAAAAGUGUACGCCGACAAGGUCGUCGUGGGCGGUGUGACUGCCACUUCCCAGGCUGUUGAGGCUGCCACGUCCAUCUCGACCCAAUUCCAGCAGGACACGAACAACGACGGUCUUCUCGGCCUGUCCUUCAGCAGCAUCAACACCGUCAAGCCCAAGGCUCAGACCACCUUCUUCGACACCGUGAAGUCAACUCUUGCUAAGCCCCUCUUCGGUGUCGACCUGAAGUACCACGCGCCCGGUACCUACGACUUCGGCUUCAUCGACACCAGCAAGUUCAGCGGCGCCCUGACCUACGUCGACGUCGACAACUCCCAGGGCUUCUGGGGCUUCACCGCCUCCGGCUACAUCGUUGGCAACGGCACCCAAUCGUCUACCUCCAUCAGCGCCAUUGCCGACACCGGAACCACCCUGCUCUACAUUCCCCUCUCUGCCGUCAAGGCCUACUACAAGCAAGUCAGCGGCGCCAAGCUCGACUCUAGCCAGGGUGGCUACACCUUCCCCUGCUCCGCCUCUCUGCCCGACUUCACCGCCAUCAUCGGUGGCACCAAGCACACCGUCCCCGGCAAGUACAUCAACUACUCUCCCAUCUCCGACGGAUCCUCCACUUGCUUCGGCGGCAUCCAGGACGACUCCGACAUUGGACAGUCCAUCUUCGGCGACAUCUUCCUCAAGAGCCAGUACGUUGUCUUCAACGGCGACACCACCCCCAAGCUCGGCUUCGCCCAGCAGGUCUAGAUUGGUCUUUACGACACGAGACGAGGUAAAAGCAGAGGGAGACUACGGGGCCCCUAUGGGGAUAAAUGCAUACUUUCCUUCUCUGUUGCAGAACCUACACAUGAAUUCUUUUCUUUCACUUACUAGCAUGCACGUUCCGCUGAUGCGGGCGCGCCAUUUCAUUCGAUUCUUCUUGGUUUGGUCUUCGGAUGGCCGUGCGAUUGGUCUGCUUCCAUUGGAUGAAUAGUAUGAAAUGACAUCUUGCUUGACGU